UGAAUGUGAGUGUACGUCAGGCUUUCGGAGAGGAUGGAGCGCACUGGAGGAACUUUGUCUGUUAAAUCCUCCAAAACAUAAACCAGCUAUAUAGUUGUCUCGAUCAGCACUCAGCACAAGAAAAAGGAUCUUUGGACGUUUUAACGAAGCUCGCUUUGGUUUGUGAAGUUUACCUCGCGCGAGCGGAGCCGAAUGUUGGCGGAUAGUGGAGGACACAGGCGCGAAUCGUAGAGAGACGGGCUCGGCAGGUAGACGGUUACCGUAUAGGGGGAUAUAGGUAGGGGGAUGUUAUCGGUACUUUCCUAUGGCAGGAUCGUUGCUAGGGCUGUCCUGGGGGGACUCUCGCAAACCGACGGCAGAGACUACAGCCUGAUCACGGCGAGCUGCGGCUUCGGGAAGGACUUUCGGAAGGGGAUCCUGAAGAAAGGCAUGUGUUACGGCGAUGAUGCCUGCUUCAUUGCCCGGCACAAGUCCGCUGAUGUUUUAGGUGUUGCAGAUGGUGUGGGGGGCUGGAGGGACUACGGUGUGGACCCGUCCCAGUUCUCCGCCACUCUGAUGAGGACGUGUGAACGGCUUGUGAAGGAGGGCCGCUUCACACCCAGCAGCCCUGUGGGCAUCCUCACCUCCGGCUACUAUGAACUCCUGCAGAACAAAGUGCCAUUGCUGGGGAGUAGCACAGCUUGUAUAGUCGUCCUGGACCGUCGGAGUCACAGGCUACACACAUGUAACCUGGGAGACUCUGGCUUCUUGGUGGUUCGGGGUGGAGAGGUGGUCCAUAGGUCAGACGAGCAGCAACACUAUUUCAACACACCCUUCCAGCUGUCCAUUGCACCGCCGGGGGCAGAGGGCGUCGUGUUGAGUGACAGUCCUGAUGUGGCGGAUAGCUCCUCCUUUGAUGUCCAGCUAGGGGACAUUAUUCUGACAGCAACAGAUGGCCUCUUUGACAACAUGCCUGACUACAUGAUCCUUCAAGAGCUCAAGAAACUUAAGAACACCAACUAUGACAGUAUCCAGCAGACUGCCCGCAGCAUCGCUGAGCAGGCUCAUGAGUUGGCCUACGACCCCAACUACAUGUCACCUUUCGCCCAGUUUGCCUGUGACAAUGGGCUGAAUGUAAGAGGUGGGAAGCCUGAUGACAUCACCGUGUUGCUGUCCAUUGUGGCAGAAUACACAGACUGACCGUGCUCAUUGGGGCGCACACCUGUGUCUUCCACCCCUCUCCAAUUGCACUGCUUCCCAUCUCCCAGCACCAAUCACCCUUUCCAUUCCUUCAUUUCUUGAGUAGAUCUCCAGUUAAUGCAGGGUGGACGAUCACAUGAACUUGCCAGUUUGGGUGGUGCUAAGAAUGAUACAAGUGGUACUAAGUCUACAAACAGUCCAGAAUUGAUGACCUCACUUGUGGCCAAAAACAUUUUUGGGAAUCGUUUACCAAUCUUUAACUUGUGUUGUAUUCGGGUCAUUUUACAUGGGUCUUUUAGCAAAAAGAGUCAUGCAGUAUCCAAAAUAAGGUGUUUCUCAUGGAAGGAACCGUUGAAAGGGAUUGAAACUGGUGCAAAUGAAAAGUGAAGUGUGUAUUCAUGUUUUGUUGUUAAUUGGUGGGUUGUCUACGUCUUGAGAGUGAAAUCUAAGUGUCUCUGAAAGGGUUAUUUAUUUGUUUGAGUGAACUAGCCCCUGAAGUCUGUAAGCCUGCGGUCUUCUACGUUUAUGUGUGUAAUAAGUGUACUGUUUGGUCAUCUGUCAACUUUGGUUAAGCUGUAACGGAAAAGUAGGUUAGAGUUCAGAUAGAGGGCUGGCUAGAUUUAAACUUAUUUGGAAAUGUAAGUGCUUCAGGAGGAUCUGGUUAGUUCAGUUUAGCCAGCAAACCUGCCGCAAGAGUAAUACAGCCUUCAUCAACACCGUCACAUGCAGUGAGGUCUCAGUUAAUGGUUUGUAAAUUCAAAGGCAUGAAGGAGAUGGGAUGGAAUGUACCACUUGCGUUUGAUUACCAGACAUCAUACCAGAGAAUGUCACAAUCCGCUGAUACACUGAUACACUUGUCAUGGGGACAGUGUAUUUUGACUGAAUGCGUGUGGGAUGUAUAUUUGCGUGACUUCACCUUUCGGCCCUUGAGUUUCGAAGUCUACACGCACAAAUAGCUAGCAUCUGGCAAUGCUUUUCAUGCAAUUUAAAGGUCAGGAAUAUAAAUAAAUGUUUUAUUUUUAUACAUAUUUAGCUUCUGUUGAACAAAAUUCAAAAGAAAGCAGGAGUUAGGGAAUGUUGGUCUUUACGGAUCGACUGUAAUGCCUUUCGGCAUUUUCUGUGCUCCUUAACAAAGCUUGGAUUUUUCUAAUUGUUUUAAGGCUCUCUAAUGCCCCCCCAUGUGUGUCACUCUAGAUUUGUUCUAGAGAACGUUUUAACAUUCAUGUGCUGCUUUAAUUUUGUAAAUAAUAAAUGUACGAAUGACUACGUUAUUUAUAUGAAUGUUUGUACCUGUACAAUAAACUUGGGUGAGCUUAUGACGUCUUUUCUUUCACAAAAGCAAUGAUUCAAGCAGACCGUUGAGUGAGAUUUUGCUUGCAGUCUUUUCCGCUAUGACCUUCUGUUAAAAUAGAAGCCGUUGUAUGAAAGGUAUAACGUAAACAUUGUCAUGGUUUUGUCCACUUUAUUUUGAUUGGGGAAAACAAAGUAAUUAGUUACUCUAAAAUACAUCUUUGUUUUUCUUUCAUUUUGGGUUCCGUUUUUGUUUAUGAGAUCAUAUCUGUCAAACAUUGUUCAUGCCCAGGAUGGAAAACCUCAUUCAAGUGUGUAUUAGAUUGGUUAAAAUUGAAGUAUAUCCCACAAAUGAAUGGUAUAUGCUGGAUAAUUAAACACUUAUCCAGUACCUGGAACUAAAAGUUGAGAUGUUUGGAAAGGUUUGCUGUCCCUUUCCCUACAUAGGCAUGUCAUAGUUCUCCAGUUACAGACGAAGAGGACUAUGACUGAGCCCUUAAAAUUUGUGCCUGCAACACAAUUUGACCAGAACUGUGAUCUCUUAUCAUGUGUAAUGUCUUGUGGUAUUCUUGUGGUAAAUGUAUUGUGUAAUCGGUAAAGAAAACCAAAGCAGGAAAGCCAUAAGACCAGAACGACCAAGGUAUUUUAACCCAUCUCACUGUCACUCCUACAAAGACUGCAAUCAAAGCAGUAAAUGUUGAGAGUUUCUAAUUGAAUCACGAUGGUGUCCUAUGUCUGCUUUUUUUUUUCUUCUAGUUGUAUAAAACAAAUCAACUAAACAGCCAGUAAUCUUUAAUGGUAAUAAGAUCAGUUGUGUACUUAACAAUUACAAAAUGUGUGAACUAGUUCGAAGAUGUUUUUUUGCUAUCUUUUUAUGUUAGUUAAAGGUGAAGUGUGGGAUAUCUGCACCUCUUGUGGCACCAAGCAGAAUUGCAAUCAAUUUGUUUGCGUGGCAUUACCGCAUUGCACCAUAACAACAUUGGCUCAAACAGUGGCUAGAGUUUUAAGAGUUUACUUGGUGAUUCCAAAGAGUCUGCAGUAAAAUGAAUUACUGCAAUAAUUUUGAAUAAUGAUUUGAACUGUUUGUUGAACAUUGGUGUCUUAAGCACGACUGCUUAAGACUGCUUCAUGCCUAAAAAAAAUACAGGGACAUUACUUUUGCAAUUCUGUAUGGUGCAGAAAUUACACACUUCACCUUUAAUGAGUGUGUCAUUGCAUGAGAUGAUGUCAUGACUGAACUGGUUUGCAACUGUCUCAUUUUGGCCCGGCCAAAUCAAAACAGCUGUCCUGUUGUCAGUUACAGUAGUUUUACUACAUCAGAGUCAUUUCAUAGAGUCACAAAUCUUCCUCCUUGAGUUGAGCUGAUAAUGACUGUAUGCUUAUCAAAUUUGUUAUUGUUUCUCUGUUAGUGAACGAAGACAAAAUUGUCUCCCUCAUGCACAAAUACGCCUUAAAAUCUCAUUCUGUCCCCUCCAGAGGCCUUUGUGCGGUAAAGCUUGCGUGUCAUGUAUGGGUGUUGCUUAAAGCAGUUUGUGUCCUAUCUGGUUGCAUCAUGUCUAUUCCCUCUGUUGUUUGAUCGUUUCUAUGGUGCUUCUGCAGCCAAGAUGAGUCUCAGUCUCUAAAGCAGACAAUGUUUGAAUGAGAACUACACUUUUUGUGUGUACAGUGUAACAAUGCAAGAAUAGUUCUUGUAAAUAUGUUUUACCAUG